GAGCCAGUAAAGACUCGCCUGUGUACACGGAUUGGGCUGCCACUGAUGUUGGGGGCUCUCUCUCUCGCUCUGUUUCUAGCUCUUUCUCUGAGUCUCUCUCCCUCUCUCUCGGUGAUAACUGACCAUGGCUUCGCUGUCUCUGAUCUGGCCCCUGAUUUUAUUCCUACUCCAAGUGGCGAGUGGGGAUGGCCGCUCAUUCACGGUUGACAAGCAGAGGGACUGUUUCUGUAAGGACGGAGCGUGUUUCCAGUACAUCGCGGGCAGCAUCCACUAUUUCCGUGUGCCUCGCAUGUACUGGCGUGACCGGCUCAGGAAGAUGUACAUGGCCGGGCUCAACGCCAUCCAGAUUUACGUGCCCUGGAAUUACCACGAGCCCAGCCCCGGUCACUACGACUUCACUGGGCCCCGUGACUUGGAGGCGUUUAUCAGACUGGCCCAGGGGCUGGGGCUGCUCGUCAUCCUGCGCCCAGGACCCUACAUCUGUGCCGAGUGGGACAUGGGUGGUCUCCCAGCCUGGCUCCUGCAGAAACCCUCCAUUCUCCUGCGAUCGUCUGACCUACAUUACCUGACCGCUGUCCGCAGGUGGUUCUCGGUGCUGCUUCCGAAGAUGAGAGAGUUACUGUACGAGAAUGGAGGACCGAUCAUCAGUGUACAGGUGGAGAACGAGUACGGCAGUUAUUCUGUGUGUGACUAUAAUUACCUCCGCCAACUCCACACCAUCCUGCGCCAUUUCCUGGGCAACUCGGUGGUCCUGUUCACCACGGACGGUAACCGGGUCAACGAGCUGAACUGCGGGACUCUGCAGGGCAUCUACGCCACCGUGGACUUCGGGACAAGCGCUGAUCACAGCACCAAAUACCAACCGGUCACCACCAGCUACGACUACGAUGCUCCUCUCUCUGAGGCUGGAGACGUCACAGCCAAACUUUACUCCAUCAGAGAAGUCAUCAGAAAGUUCAGGGAGAUUCCCAUAGGCCCGAUGCCCCCGGAUAUUCCCAAGUAUGCGUACGGAAUUGUGUCGUUGACAAAGUUGGGGCAGCUGUUGGACAUGUUGGACGUCUUCACUCGCGCUGGACCUGUUGAAAGUAUUUACCCUUUGACGUUCGAGGAGAUGAACCAGUAUUUUGGGUUUAUGCUUUACCGGACGCGGCUGAAGAAGAGUUUCCCGCAGCCCACACCCCUGAUCUCACCACUGAACGGAGUGAAUGACCGAGCUUACGUCUUCGUUAACGGGAUUUACCAGGGCUUCCUGCAGCGAGACGACAUCCUGGCCAUCAACAUCACCGGUCGGGCCCACGACCGGCUGGACAUCGUGGUGGAGAACAUGGGGCGGGUCAACUUCGGGACUGAUGUCAACGACUUCAAGGGGCUGAUCUCGAACCUCUCGCUGGGGUCCGACGUGCUGGUUGACUGGCAGAUCUUCUCUCUGGACAUUGACGGGGCGGUGGAGGCCGGAGCCGAGCAGCUACGAGCUGACCGGGCGGCUCCGUGGUCAGCCGGGCCCUCAGGCCAGGGUCCCGCCUUCUACACGGGCUCCUUCGUGUCUCUCCAGGCGCAGGACACCUUCGUCAGGCUGGAGGGAUGGACCAAGGGUCAGAUCUGGAUCAACGGCUUCAACCUGGGCCGGUACUGGCCGGUGAGAGGCCCGCAGCAGACCCUGUACGUACCGGCCAACGUGUUGUCCACCUCCGCCCCCAACCUCAUUGUGCUGCUCGAGCUGGAGAGGCCGGCCUCCAGCCUGGACCUCAAGUUCCUGGACCGUCCCGUCCUGAAGAUGCCCUGAAUCCCCGCCAGCCCUGCCUGGGAGCCUGAACCCAGGGGAGUGUCAACCCCAUCACAGUGGGCGCUUGGCGUUGGAGUUGCUUGGUUGCUGGGGGGAAGACAGCUUCACGCGGUGAGUGGGGGAGGGAUUGCUCACCAGAACAGGGGCAGGAGAGAGCGAGGCGAGGGAGUGAGCAAACUACAACCUCGCUGGGUUCAGGUGGGGGCUGAUGGAGCUCAGGCGGCGGGGGCUGGUUGGGGGGGGGGGUUUGGUCCUGUCGAGCCCGUCUCUGCCGUUUGCUGUGACUCCCCAGUGCUCGCUCCCCUUCCCUCGUGUCAGAGACUGAGGAGGAACAUUGAUUUUUAUGACUGUGUAAAUAAAAUCAUUGCUAAAGCUGUUCUUGCCAUCCAA